AUGGGAGGACAUGAGAACGCUAAGGGCGAGCGACCGACCCGUGGAAGUGCGUCGAAGGACGGAGGAGAGCAAAAGCGAGAGGAACGGGGUACACCGGCCGAUGGAGAGGGCGACGAGGGAACAACGAUGAUACCUGGGCGGUUAUGGUGGCAAGAAGGAAAUGUGGCAGAACACGCACCAGAAUAUCAGGGACCCCUUUGUAGUGUGGGCAGGACGGCCGUAUCGCAACUCGAAAUAGUGGGCCAUAGGUGUGAAGGACUGCUAGAUACGGGGGCGCCCAGAAGCUUUAUUCGCCCGACUAUUGUGGAACGACUGGGUUUGAAGGCACGCAUUCUGCCGGAGGCGUACUCCUUCACAAUAGCCAACGGUGAAGUUACACUCAUCGAUAGGGAGGUACCAAGAUUGUCGAUGCUUUGCGGGGGAGAGUGCUUCACUGGAGAUUUCCUGGUAGGACCAAUACCGUAUUCUGUUAUUCUCGGGAUUGAUUGGCUAGUCAACCACAAGGUGGCGUGGUAUUUCCAAUCACAAGCUCAAGCUCAGGACAUAUGUAAAUGGGCGGUGGUGCGAUCUGCCAGUAUUGCCGACACGGGGCAUACUGGUCGACUCGGAACCAAUCAAAACGGCGGCGGACCACGCUUACGACGAACUGACUAA